CAUUAUCACCCGAAACAAAACAUCCUAGCGGGCACGUUUGACCUUUGGUGGAAAUGUUGGUUAUUAUUUGUAUUUCGAUAAAUCAAUGCACUUAAGCUUUUAAAACUGUUCCCCCGAUGACAUGAAGUGACCCUGCAGCAGAUUACAUAUUGCAGUCACUGUGUCAGUCGUUACCCUUACAAGAUGGCCAUGCUUCUUCGCCGUAGACAGUUUGCUGGACUGGUUCGUGCUGUGGCCACGACUACUAAGCUAGCCUCACAGGUUUCCCAGGGCUCAAAGCCAGCAAGGUGGACUGAUAAACAUAUUCCAGGAGGUCCUUUUCAGCUCAGCCUGUUCAUGAGUAAUUCUGCAAAGUCUAAAAACAAUGCAUCUUUUGAGGUGUCUGACCUAUUUGGAGGCAAGGAGGAAAAGGUUGAAACCAUCAGUGAUAAUGAAGACUUGCCUAAAACUCAGGAUGAGCCUAUUGAAACGGCUGAGGCAAAACAUGAACCAGAACAUGAUAUAGAAGAGACAGUGCACGAUGUUGCUGUAGAAGAUUUGAAAACAGAAGAAAGUAAAACAAACAAUAUUUCUGUAAAGAAGCCUAAAGGUUACAGCAAGUAUGUGUCCUCAAUAGUAUCUGUGUCCACUCCAGAGGCUGGAUUCUAUCAGCUACAAACAUUGUUGUUGGCAUCAGAUAUCUCCUCAGGAGAGAAAGUCCUCCUGGCCCAUUCAGCACUUGUCCGUAUUCUUAAUCUUACUUCAGCUCAAGAACUUGUCAAGGAUAGCUCCUUUGAGACCCUCGCAGAUUUUGUUGAUAUUAACGGUGUUAGUCUGUUAUCUGAUGCGCUGUUGUCCAAACUGUCAGAGAUUGUCCUUCAGAGUGACCUAGAUGAAACCCUGUUUGGUGAAAUGAUUCUGAACGAGGCCAUUUUUCGACUGCGAGUGUCAAAUAUCAACUACACUGUCUCCAUAAUUGACUGUCUUAAGAGUGGACAGAAAACUGACAUCAGACAGAAUCUUAACAAGGUAGCAACAGAGCGUCUUUUGGAGCUUGUGGAGAAUGCAGGUGCCAAUGACCUCAUAGACACCAUGUUCCGGAUCCAUUCGCACCCACACCUGGGCCCAUUACUGGAUGACAUCGCGCUUAAAAACCUCUCAGAGUUCUCUACUACUAGCCUGUACCAACUGCUGUAUAUGCAAGCCAAAAGUCCGAAGAAAAAUAAGAUAUUGGUAUCGGCUUUAAAGCAAAAAAUUGCAUCACAGGAUAUGGAUUUAUCCCUAACACAGAUUAAGAAUAUGUUUUACGCGUGUGCUUCAUUAAAGAUACAUGACAAAGCUUUGCUGUCAUCUUUAUCACAAAAUUUGGAGAUUAAAGCUUCAUAUGAAAAGGAUAAUAAUUUAUUGUCGAUACUGAUUCCUAUUCUUAAGUCUUGCUCAUUCUUGGGCUGGCGACAUAGUGCUAUAACGAAUAUUGUAAGCAAAAAAAUCAAGUCGUCUUUGUUUGAUGAAGAAUUAACAUUUAAUCAAAAACAUGACUUAGUGUUUUACAUAGGCAAGUUGAAUCUAGCGUCAGACUUUGGUGUUCUAGCCUCAGAAUUUGUGAUGGACCUAACAGAGCUAGAAACUUCCAAGCCAAGCAAGUGGCUAAAUAUGGUCACUUCAUUGGUUAGUUUAGAUCGGGCGGAUGAAGAGAUGAUAUCUAAAGUGCUCCAACCUAAGUUCUAUAACAGUCUGUUCGAGGAAUUGAAAGAUGCCCCCGCCACUAAGGUCCAGAAUGUGAAGACUUCGCUGCUGUACCUGCUCGGUGUGCUGCACGUGCAGAUGGGGGUCAGCUCCUUUCCUGUGCAUGAUGACUUCAACACGUGGAGAACUCAACUACAGGAGAAGGUAAGUGGCAUGCCGUUAUAUGGAAUGUCAUCCGCGGUUGGUGCCACCCUCAGCCUUCUGGCCCCUAUGGAUACCUGUGUGAAUAAACAUGUCGUCUCCAAGUACGGCCAUGUUGUAGACUUUGAGAUAAAAGUGGAUUCCAACGGGAAGGCUCACAAGCUGUCAAGCUCGGCCGGAACAACAAAGGUUUGGAUCAAAGUUCAAGACUUCCGGGAGUUUCUGAAGGGAGGGGACACACUGGUUCCCUGUAGGGACAUGGAAAUAUCAACCCAGCAACUGUUAGCAGAGAACCCACAUACUGUCUUCGUCCCGCACACACAAUGGAUGCGUCAUAUCUCGAAGCGUAUCGAUCAGCUGACGUAUCUUGACGGACUAAUACAGAAAUGUGUUAAACCGUGACCAGAGUAGAAUAUAGACAUAAACAAACAUUGAUAAUUUUAACUAUGUCAAGGUCGCUCGUGUUAAGUGUUAUGGUGCAACAGAAACUGUGGUCAGUUAGCAUAUCAUGCUUGCUUUGAAGGUCAUUAAAUUCAGGAUUUAUACUGAAAAUAGGAUUCAGAGUUUGAACUUCAAACUAUAGCACAGUUUUAAGAUUUUAUUUUGCUUUGACAUUUUUGCAUCAAAACAGUGGGAAAUAUCUUGAAAUGAAUAUAUGACAUUGGAAACAAUUUCUAAGCCCCUUUUUACUGCUUUAGGCAUGAAUCCCUCAUACCGAAACAGACCCUUUUUUCAGGAUUGAGAAUUAUCUCCUGUUAAAACCUCUGAUAUACAUUUAUAAGCAUACUGGAGCGUAUAUGUAGGAAUAAUUUGAAACAUAUACAUUCUCCUUUAAUUGAUUUACUUCUGAGUAUAUUUGAUAUGCACUGUAGAACCAACAAUGAUUAUCAAUGUUAUAUAUUUUCAUUCACCUUACAUGCAUUAUGUAAAUUGCUAGUGUGACCCACUGCGUUCAUACAGCAUAAAUGCAAGAAAAAAUGUGAUCAAUUUUUAAACAAAUACUAAACUACUUGUUCAACACAUAGUUUAAUAGUAUACAUUGUCAAAUAAAGUCUUUCAUUUG